UCUUGCUCCCGAGCCUCCCUGGAGAUCAUCCCGGGGUUCCCUGAAAUUACGUCUCUGCCUGUUGUUCAUUCGUGCCUCUCACCUUCCGUUCCCUUUCACUUUCCCCCCCAUCCUUCUUGCGCAAUAUGCGCUGAAUUUUUCCUUACCACACUCUUUGACCCUCCCCUGAACUAUACCUUGUUCUAGUAUCUCUCCCUUCUUCCUUUUUAAGCUUCUUCGUCCCACAUCGUGGGUAAACGCCCAACAAUGGCUGCCUCCGUUCUUCCGUUUCGCGACAUCAAUUUGCACGCUGCCUCCUCUCAUUAUGCCUUCACUUCACCAUCGUCCCCUAAUGCCCCGACCCUUGUUGUCGAGCGUCCGACCGGCGACUUGCGGCUCAGUAACGGCACCCUCUCCGGAGCUAAGCGCAUCUCCAGUAUUGCAGGCAUUCUGGGUAUUAUCAAACUGAAGCUCGAUAAAUAUAUCAUAGUUAUCACCAAGGCCCUGCCCGUGGGGCGCCUACGCGGCCACAUGGUCUAUAAGGUUGCGGCGACCGAGUUCUUGCCCCUGCGUGAGCGCUCUCUGCACGACUAUGAUGAAGAUACAUAUCUGGCACUGUUGAAGGAGCUGCUUCGUACAGGCCCAAUGUACUUUUCCUACGCUCUGGAUAUCACCAAUAGCUUCCAACGUCAGUCGCAAACUGACCCCAACCUUCCUAUGUGGAAACGAGCCGACGAUCGAUUUUUCUGGAACCGUUUCAUCCAGUCGGACUUGAUAGACUUCAGCCUGGGAGAACAUGAUGUUACCGGGGUACGCUACGGACCACAACCUGGAGUUGACCCAUAUAUUCUGCCUGUUAUGUUCGGAAUGCUUCGUAUCACGCCCGCGAAAGUCAAAUCCACCUCUUUCACAUUUGCUCUUAUCACCAGGAGAUCGAGGUACCGUGGUGGGACGAGGUAUUUCUCCCGCGGUAUCGACGAUCAAGGCCACGUGUCCAAUUACAAUGAGACUGAGCAGAUUGUUAUCCUCAAUGAUGCGACGGGGGGUCUCUCUGGAUUCUCUGGAGGCCAGUCUCUAGCAAAGGACAAAUUGGAUGGCUCAGCGCAGGACCUUCAGGUCAUGGCGUUCGUGCAGACCAGAGGAAGCGUGCCCGUAUACUGGGCCGAAGUCAACAACCUAAAGUACACACCGAAGCUGCAGGUCCGUGGGGUUGAAACCGCCGUGGAUGCUGCUCGUAAGCAUUUCGCUGAGCAGAUUCGUGUCUAUGGCGAAAAUUACUUGGUCAACCUUGUGAACCAGAAAGGCAGGGAAGAGCGUGUCAAGACUGCCUACGAACAGCUAGUUCGCAUUCUAGUGUCGUCCUCUACCGAUAGCACCGAAGCGGAUGAAAUAUCAUCAGAGAAGGUGCACGCGGUGGAGCCCGGACUGAGGCAGAGGGAAUUGGACCGACUCCACUACGUAUAUUUCGACUUCCACAAUGAGACAAAGGGUCUCAAGUGGCACCGUGCGGAGUUGCUGCUGGAACGGCUUAUGGACGGUCUAACACGAGGUGGAUAUUUCCGUGGAGUAGAAAAUCCGGGUGCUCCUGGUGGUCAAUUGGAUACACGCUCCGCGCAGUCCAGCGUCGUCCGGACGAAUUGCAUGGAUUGUUUGGAUCGUACGAACGUCGUUCAAAGUAUGCUGGGACGUUGGGCUAUAACACGCCAACUCGUUGAUGCAGGGGUCUUACAACCUGGAGAAGCAGCGAACGACGACCGCGACUUUGAAAACCUAUUCCGUAACAUCUGGGCAGACAAUGCAGAUGUUGUGUCUAAGGCCUAUUCCGGUACUGGAGCACUGAAGACCGAUUUCACCCGGACUGGCGAGCGCACUCGCGCUGGUAUGUUGCAAGACUUGAAUAACUCCAUCACACGAUAUGUACGGAACAACUUCAUGGACGGUCCUCGCCAAGAUGGGUUUGAUGUCUUCCUGGGCACCUAUCUUCCCCCGAACUCCACCCUGGGGAACAUCCAGCUCUUCCUGGAUCGUCGACCACUCAUCAUCCAGUCUGUUCCGUAUAUCUUUGCUGCCGGAGUCUUCUUGAUCGCGGUAGCCGCUUUCACAAAACGCUUACCCGACUCCACCGUGUGGCCCCUGCGCUUAUUUGUUCUUUUCUGGUUCAUCGUCAGCGCCUGGUGUGCACGUUUUAUCCUUGCUCAUGGAAUGCUCUAUGUAAAUUGGCCGAAAUUGAACACACCUACAGCUGGCUCUGAGGGGUAUCAAGAUGCGCUCAUAAAGGCUCGCUCUGAUCCGAUAGUUGGCCAACUACUCCCUGCGAGAAGGCACCAGAGAGGCUAUAGCAAUGCCCGGCUGGUCUUCCUCGAGGAGGGCAAAACGAGGAUCGAGUAAUCUGUCUCGCCGUACUUUUUCAUCCACUUCUUCAAUAAAACUAAGCAUGUUACAUGACCACUAUGUGUUUCUGUACAUUUAGUGUUACUUGUUCACUUGGCUUUAGAUCCGUUUAUGUUCUUGCUUCUUUCCCUCUUUCCUUUUAUUAUUAUUUCAUUUCUGUUUUGAAGCUCUACUCCUCGGACUCCAUUUCUUAUUAUUACUCUUUAUAGAAGUCGGUCGACCUUAAUGUGAUUAACACGCUGAUGGUCGCACCAUCGGCUGUUCAGGCCUUUUCACCCCCGCAAAUUAAGUAGAGACCUAAUAAUC